AUGAAGAAGCGGGCCGAUCUUCAAGAGAAGCUCCAAGCUCUCCUCCGUCCUAUCAAUGACAGUAACAUAUCGACGAGAGUUGUCAACCUUUCGAAAAGGAUUCUCACACCCGCCGAAUCAAGCCUAUUUUCUAAAGGAAUACGGUUCAGUCAUGUCGAUGCUGCGCCUACAAACUUCUUAGCGAACCUUCAAUCCCUCCUGCUUACCUCAUCCAUCCCUGAAGACAUGCGUGCGGACAUACGCAACUGUGCGACCGGCCUCCUCCGGAAAAGAAGACACCAGCAAACCUUGCCGAUGGAAGAGGAGAAGGGAUUACGAUCCCUGAGGUCAGACGAUAGUAUCGUUGUUGUAUCUGCUGACAAAGGUGGUGCUACUGUCAUUAUGGACAAGACUGACUAUGUCAAUAAGGCCAACCAGGCCUUUAAUGACAGAGAGGCCUAUACCCCAAUUGCUGAGGAUCCGACGAAAAAGCAGGCCGCAUCUAUAAAGAAGAAGGUGAACGAGCUCACUCGUAAAAAGCUCAUAAACCCCGCGGACUCCAAAUUUCUGACUCCCAACGACACCCGUAUCGCACGUGCACAAAGCAGGUGCCCCGUUAAGGAUCAUUGUGCCGCUCAUUGGAUCGCCGACAUAUAACCUUGCCAAGUGGCUGUACAAGCACCUAAAGCACCUCACGAAUGGAUGGCAGUACAGCAUCAACAACUCUCAUGCUUUCCUUCAGAGGAUCAAAGGCCUUAAUGUAAGCCCUGAUGAAUGCAUUUUAUCGUUUGAUGUAGUUGCUCUAUUUUCCUCAAUACCGCAUAACUUGGCCAUUGAGAGCGUAGCUCGACGCCUAGAGGAAACUCCGAUUGGCAUUCCAACAGAGCACGUUUUAGACAUGCUUGGGCUUUGUCUUAAGAACUAUUGUCAAUUCGAUGGCAAGUAUUACCAGCAGGUCAAGGGCACCCCCAUGGGUUCACCGAUAUCGGGCCUACUCGCCGAACUAGUCUUACAAAGACUAGAAGAAGUUGUUAUUCAAGCCAUCAGACAAAAAAUGUGGCUCCGCUACGUAGAUGAUACCUUCGUAGUCAUAAAAAACUGCGAAGUUGAACGACUGCACCAGAGUCUUAACGGUGUUUUCUCCGCCAUACAAUUCACACGCGAAGAAGCAACAGGGGACAUCCUCCCUUUUCUUGACGUCAGUGUACAAAGACUGACUGAUGGCAAUCUCGCAACCAGCGUCCACAGAAAAGACUCCAGCGCCGAAAUCAUCCUCAACUACGGGAGUAAUCAUCCUGCGGCCCACAAAAAAAGCUGCGUCCGAACUCUUUUUCACCGAGCCUUUCGGUACUGUAGCAGCCAGUAUCUACUUAAGAGAGAGCUAGCCUACUUAUACCAAUUAUUCCGAUCUAACGGAUAUCCGAUUAGCUUCGUGAAAAACUGUCUCAGACGUCAGAGGCAACCACAAGAUCAGAGUCCAAGUGGAGAAGCGGCACAGAGGAAAUAUUAUUCCCUGCCCUACAUGCGAGGAAUUUCUGAAGUAAUGGCCCGACAACUAAACCGGUUUGGCAUCUGCAUUGCCCACAAGCCGGCGUCCUCCUUACGCGCAGCAUUAUCCCGGGCAAAGGAUCCCAUACCCAAAGAACAACAAAGUAACGUCAUUUACCGCAUCCCAUGCGCUAAUUGCCGUUGCGUUUAUAUUGGUCACACGGGUCGACAACUUGGGACUCGCAUUAAUGAACACAAGUUACCUAUCCGCCGACGCGACCCCUUAUCUCUCGUGUUUGCCCACGCUCUUGAUUGUGACCACCGUUUCAAUUGGGACGGUGCCGAAGUGGUCGCCAUGGCUAACACUAAACAUGCACGGGAAUUCCUCGAAGCUUGGCACUCCGGUGCAGAUAGCAUUAACCGCCAUGUUGACCUUGAUGUCCACUACGAGGGUCUCAAAUCACGGUGGACUGACUGGCGCCCACCUUAA